AUGCAAAAAUCUUAACUGAUUAGAGUAUUGAGUGAUUCUAACAAAUCCCCAAAUCCUUUUUCGAUGUUUAGACAAUUAAGUCAAGAGACCCCAACAAAUCAAGGAAAUAGUUAAUCUAUGACAACCGAUAGAGAAAUAGCCCGUUUGACUAGAUUAGUUGGUUCAUUAAAAAAAGAAAAUGAAUCAUUAUAAAUACAAAUUAAACAUCUUGAAUAGAUGGAUUACAAAGGAAUUAUUUAGACUUUAGAAUAAAAAAAUAAAUAGUUAGAAUCACAAGUAGAAACUUUUAAAAAAUUACCCAUUGAAAAGAUCGAAACCUUAAUUGAUGACAAUGAAAGAUUAACUAGUAUUGUUGAAACUUAAUCGACCAAAAUUAAAUCACUUUUGACUUAAAUUGAUGAUUUGAAAGACUCAUCAUUUUAAAAUGAAGGGAAAAAUGAAAUCAUCAUAUCCAUGAUAUAAGAACUCGAAAAUUAGAAACUGUAUGUCUAAGAUGAACACAAGAAGUACCAGAUUUUGAAUAAGGAAAAACAAACACUUUACAUUGAGUUACAAAUGGCGAAACAAUAGAUUAAAGAACUAAAUCAAACUAUAGAAAAAAUAAAGAUGAUAAAUUUGGAAAGCAGUGAACCCAGUGACUUACUUCAUUAGGAUUAUCUUAAAAGCAAUGAGACAGUAUAAACUUUCUUAAAAAAUUAAUAUUGA